AUGGGAAAGCAAGAAGAGACAACGUCAAGCGAGAUCAGAAAGGACGACAGUUCCAGCAGCCUACAACAGCCCCCUUCGACCGAGGAUGACGAGACGGACAAUUCAGCGGGGCGUAGCUCCAGGAUUAUCCUAGCAUCAUUCUCUAAUAGACUGAGCAGAGGCAAAAGUCCAGACCUUGCCGACAUCGAACGCACCGCAAUUAGCUGCCUACGGUACUCCGUCGCCUUUCUGAUGAUAGUGGCAACAGUGGCAGCAGCAAUGGUCACGUGGUGGAUCCUAGAGCGAGUCGAAAGCCAACGUUUUGAAAGCGAGUUUGAAGUCAUUGCGGAGGAUAUCAAGAUCUUCAGUCAUCAGAGAAUCUUAAAACUUUUAUCAGACUAUAGAUCCUUCGCAUGGACUAUAUCUGGUCUUGCAAUCAAUUCCCAAUCGGAGUGGCCAUUUUUCACAGAUUCGAGUUUCCCGAUGAUUGCAAGGAGCGUCUUAGCCAAGUCAAAAACGCAUGUGGUCUCCUUUGCUCCCAUUGUCCACAAUCUCACAGAGAGUGAGGAAUGGUCGAGAUACUCACAAGCGAACCAAAACUGGAUCAAGGAUAGCGUUGAGAUGGAGCAAAUUUUAGAUGUGGCAAUGAUGUCUGGGAGCAGCAGAAGACUACAAGGACACAAUCACAAUGAUCCCCACCAAGGCCAUGAUGCUCAUCAACCAUCAACAGACGAGAUCCCAGAGAUAUUUCAAGAUAUCUUUCGUCUUUCAACCGAAGGCAAAAAAGAGGCGGAUGAUGGACCAGGUCCAUUUCUACCAUCAUGGCAGAUGAUAGAAGCACCAAAGGAUCCUUCCAUUGUUAACUACAAUCUGCUAUCUGAUAGCCACUUUGCGGACGUAUUCAGAACUGUUGUUCAGACGAAUUCACCAGCCAUGACGGAUCUGCUGGAUUUUACACUUCGUGACUGGAACAGUCUUCUGGAUCACAGUCAGCACUCCCAUCAUGGCGCAAGCCCCUUCAGCAUGUUUUUGUUUCCAGUCUACAAAGAUAUCUCAAAGGACGAAGAAGAAAUAGUCGCCAUCUUGAUGUCCGACGUGGAUUGGAUAACCCUAUUUGCGCUUGAGAGUGACGAGGUGACUCCUCCAGUGCAUGUGGUUGUCGAUGACGGGUGCGAACGGAAAUUCACUUUUGAGGUUUCUGGGCCGGUGGUUGGCUUUUUGGGAUAUGAUGACGUUUCUGAACCAAAGUUUGGUCUGUACGAGCGGUCUUUUCCUUUCACUACGGAUCUCCCCUCGGUGCACUUGGCUGGAGAAAAGUGCUCUUACUCGAUCCAUGUGUACCCGACAAAAGAGUUUUGGGAAGCCUACCGCACUGGUGACCCUCGAAUAGCGGCAUCUAUUGUGGGUGGGGUGUUCCUUCUAAUGUGCAUCAUCUUGUUUGGGUAUGACGUUGCGAUCAGUAUGCGUCAAAGGCGGAUUGCAAUAGAUGCUACUAGAUCAGAGCAACUACUAUCAGGUCUGUAUCCGAAAAACAUUCGCGAUCGUCUGUUUGAGCAAGGCGUGGAAGGAGAUCGCGGUGUUGCUAAUCAGAGUCUGGCCAAGUCCCCGAAAUACCGGCUGAAGAAGUUCCUUGGUGGCACGACACCAGCGACACAGCCAAAAGUAACAAUGGACAUCUCAGAUCAUUCCAAGCCGAUUGCUGAUCUCUUCAUGGAUUGCACCGUUUUGUUCGCCGACAUAUCCGGAUUUACCGCAUGGAGCUCUGUUCGAGAACCAGUCCAAGUGUUCACUUUGCUGGAAUCUGUGUAUCAUGCAUUUGAUGUCAUUGCAAAGAGACGAAAGGUGUUCAAAGUUGAAACUGUCGGCGACUGUUAUGUCGCUGUGACCGGGUUGCCUGAGCCAACCAAGGAGCAUGCUACACUCAUGUCAUUCUUUGCCCGAGAGUGCGUAAACAAAUUCAAAAAUCUCGUCGGAACUUUGGAGACAACAUUGGGACCAGAUACAGGUGAUCUUGGUAUCCGAGUAGGAAUGCACAGUGGCCCAGUAACCGCUGGAGUGCUCCGAGGAGACAAGUCGCGUUUCCAGCUCUUUGGGGAUACGGUCAAUACGGCGUCGAGAGUCGAGACCACCGGAAAGCACAAUAGGAUCCAAGUGUCGGGGGAAACUGCUGAUCUAUUGACAAAGGCUGGCAAAGAGCAUCUGCUUGAAGAGAGGAAGACGGUGGUUGAGGCCAAAGGAAAGGGGAAGCUCCAAACGUUUUGGCUGUUGACAGUAGAUGAAGAGCGACUUCGGGGUCAGAAGAUUCGGAGUAAACCGGGGUUGACCAUCAAAUCAUUAUCAGCCAAAUUUUCUCCUAAAACGACGAGGAAUGACUCAAUUUCUCCUCGCAGAAUUAUGGGGACCCUUUCUCCUCGGACCCGAAAACGUAGCAUCGAAUCUCAUUUGCUUCAAGUCGAGCAACUACUGUCACCCAAAUCACGUCGAUUAUGUCAAUGGAACGUGGAUAUUCUUGUUCGACAACUACAACAAGUUGUCGCUUUUCGCAAUACUUCGAAGUGCAAAAAGAAUGACAACCUUCUGGCAAAACAAGAAGAAGAGCUUAGCAAACACAGAUCGACUCUCGAUGAAGUGGUUGAGAUCAUUCCAUUGCCUGGCUUUGAUGCUGAAGCUUACAACCGCAAUCAAGACCCAAACGAUGUCGAACUCCCACGUAAAGUUGUGGAUCAAGUUAAGCUGUUCGUAGCUUCCAUCGCAUUAAUGUACAGAAACAACCCCUUCCACAAUUUUGAGCAUGCAUCGCACGUUGCAAUGUCUGUUUCUAAGUUGCUUUCUCGUAUUGUUGCAGCUGAUGAUGUUCUGGAUUCAAGUGAGCAUGCUGCAAAUUCAGAAGGCUUCGGUUGGUCGAUUCAUGAUCACACGUAUGGUAUCACCUCGGAUCCCAUGACGCAGUUCACAGUCAUAUUGGCCGCAUUGGUUCAUGACGUGGACCAUCUAGGGGUAUCCAAUGCUCAGCUGGUCAGAGAAGGGCACGAACUCGCCGACCUUUUCGAGAACAAGAGCGUCGCAGAGCAGAACUCCAUCGCAAUGGCUUGGGACCUUCUCAUGGACCCUCGAUUCGUUGACUUUCGACACACCAUCUAUACAGACGAGUUCGAACUUAGUCGAUUCCGUCAGCUCACUGCGAACACUGUUCUGGCCACAGAUAUCAUGGACAAAGAGCUACAAACACUACGGCGGAAACGGUGGGAUGUUGCAUUCAAGGGCAGCAGUCACGAAGAACACAUGGGCAAUACCAAAGAUCAAGUUAAUCGCAAAGCAACAAUUGUGAUUGAACACUUAAUACAAGCAUCGGAUGUUGCUCAUACGAUGCAACACUGGCACGUCUACUGCAAGUGGAAUGAGCGCCUGUUUGCAGAAAUGGUUGUGGCGUACAAGGCUGGUCGUCUAGAUUUCAACCCAGCUGACAAGUGGUAUGAAGGUGAAAUGGGCUUCUUCGACAACUAUGUGAUCCCUUUGGCGAAGAAGCUCAAGGAGUGUGGGGUUUUUGGUGUUGCAAGCGACGAAUACUUGAUGUAUGCACAGGACAAUCGACGCGAAUUCGAAGAGAAGGGACGAGAAUUUGUGUCGGAAUUGGAAGACCGCUACAUCCACUGCACUGAAGAGCUUCACAACUCUGAAAGUCAUAUGCCGGGGCCUGUUCCUUUAUAG